GCUGCAAGUUACCUUCUUACUCUUAACUCUUUCAACGUGCCCUUUCUUAUUGCAUUGUCCCUUCGUUCCCAUGGAAUGCAUGCUUUGCAACCACGAUGCGUGUCUGUCCGUGCGUUUGACAUGUUUACCAUUCGUGCGGCCGUCUUCCGGCAACCUAAUGCCAUUCUUUACCCUUAAUAUUUUUCAAAACCGUGACCCUCUUAGUCAGAAAAGUAUACCUUUUAAAAUGUGAACGGAUAUAGGUUUAGUGUAUCUAGCUAUACAGGAACAUAGAAAAAUUGGGACUGAUAACAGAAGCAGGUAACGAUCAACAUCAACUCUAUGAAAGAAAGAUAAGCAAUAUAUAUGUAUAUAUUAAUGCGAGUAGGAAAAAAAGAUCUGAAGAAGAACAAACCAAGGAAGGAAGGAAGGAAGGAAGAUGAAAACCCUUAACAAAAGGAGUUGGGGGAUUACGAAGUGAGGACUAGAAAUGGAAGCUGUUGCGACAUAGCCAUCCAUACAACCUCUACUACAGCUAGGGAUGCCGGGUUACAUGGUUCGGGUGCGGGCUGUGGUGAUGACCCGAGACGACUCGAGCGGGGGUUGGGUGCCCAUGGGUGGCGGCGGCCUGAGCCACGUGAUGAUCUGCAAAGUCCGACACCCCGAGGAAGGACGGCAUCGCCAGUACCUGAUCAGUGGGGAACGCCUCCGAGACCAGACGACCAUCUUGGAGUGCACACUGAAGAGGGACCUUGUCUACAACAAAGUGAACCCCAUUUUUCACCACUGGAAAGUGGGGGACAACAAGUUUGGCCUCACUUUCCAGAGCCCCGCAGACGCUGUGGCCUUUGAGAGGGGCGUGCAGACUGCCCUGGAGGAGAUCGCAGAAGGUUCCCUCUCACCUUCCUCUACUUCCUCCUCCUGUCAGGAUGAAGCCGAAGGGAAGGACGAAGCUCUUGCAGUGCACACAGACAGCGAGUCCUCAUCCAACAGCCAGAAGGAAAUGCUUCCCAAACCCAUCACUAUUGUAACCAGUGAGUCCUCGUCCAGCUGCUACAUGCGUUCACCCGUCUCAGAAGAGUUCUCCUUCAGCACACCAAAGGGAGCAGGGUCGGCCGGAUCGCAGGCCCAGCCUCAGCCCUUGCAGCAGUUGACCCUCCCGGAUGAGGAGGAAUUGGAGAGCAUCACCCCUUGCAGAGACCUCUGGGUGACCAAAGGCUAUGAGGACUACCGCCGGGCUGUAGUCCAGAAGCACCAACCGGACCCCGAUAAGAUCGACAUGUGCGUCCACUUCAAGAAGGGCGGUGGAAGCGGGAAGUCCUCGAGGGAGAAGGAAUAUAGCUUCCCGCCCGGGGCCGAGGGACGGCUCAAGGACCCCAAAGCCUCUCCCUCCUGCCGGAUCCAUGACGUCCCUUCGCCCCCCAAACACAAGCCACUGAAGGAGCAGCAGCAACCAUCCCCGCUUGGGGCUGCGGGCUUGGAGGAGGACACGGUGCCCUCUCGGUGCGUCUACUGCCGGGACGUCUUUAACAACGAGGAGAACGGGCGUGGGCAGUGCCAGGAUGCCCCCGACCCUAUUGGCCGCUGCGUCUAUCAAUUCACCUGCAUGUGGUGCGCCGAGAGCAUGCUGUACCACUGCAUGUCGGACUCGGAAGGGGAGUAUUCGGACCCUUGCUCGUGCGACACUGGCCACCCUCACUUCUGCAUCCGCUGGAUGGCCUUGGUCACCCUUUCCCUCGUGGUUCCUUGUAUGUGCUGCUAUCUGCCCCUCCAUGCCUGCCACUGGUGCGGCGAGCAUUGCGGCUGCUGUGGAGGCAAGCACAAGGCUGUGCGGUGA